AUGAAAGUUGUUGGUAAGAAUAACCAGGUUAUUCACUUAUUCAUUGCUUUCAUUCAUCAGAGUUCUAUCCAACUUCAGAUAUUCGUGUUUGUUCAAGGUCAUAAUCGUGCAAAUUUACAAGCCAUGUUGAUGUUAUACAAAAAAACAAGUUACAAUUCACAAAGAAAAUUACAAGAGGUGACAAUAUUCUCUAAGCUACAUAAGUCUUUUCAAUUUACUACAAGAAUAUCUUCAGUCAUCUCCAGGCGACAUUGGUUCUCAAAUCCCAUAAACGAAGACUUAUUCAUAUCUUCAUGUUGCUGCCUUCAUUACCGAACUGCUGACCUUCAAGAUUCCUUCUCAUCGCUUCCGUUUGCUUUCAUCGAGGCCAUGGCACUAUGCUCCCGCAACCUGCAAAACCAAUCUAGGAAAGCCACCCUGUUCAAGGAAAAAGCUAGCAUAACUGUCAAAAAGCAUAAUUUCUAA